AUGAAUUUUGUGGAUGGGCGAAGGAGUGGUAUGGGACGCAAUCAAUCUGACGUGCCAAUCAACGACAAUGACAAGGACGAUUCGCGUACAAUGAAGAAGGAUGUUAUGAGUGCUGAAGAUACAAUGAAUGGUGAGACAGAUGGCAAAAAUAAGAGGCCUCGCAAAAAACGCAAGACAUAUAGUUGUGAGCUUUGUCGAAGGUUUAAGACCAGAUGUGAUUUUGAGCCCCAGGUGGGUAAAUGUUACAGAUGUAAUAUUCUUCGAUUGGACUGCUCUUUGACGGUUGAGCGUGAAAAUGAGAUUGUGGCCGCUGUUGAUACGAAACCGAUAGGUUCAGGCUAUGGAGGCAGUUCCAGACCUUUAGUCGGGCAGGAGUUUUCCGUAAUUACAGACGAUUUCGAUAUGCGACUGGAUAUGUCAACACUGAACAAUCGACUGAACAAGCUUGAAAAUAAUAUCGAACAGUUGGACGGUAAACUCGAUUUGCUUUUGAUGAUGUUUCAUGGGCCGGAUUCUUCUGGUAAGAUUUCUUUGAAAACCGCUAAGGAAGCUCAGGGUACUACCACCGGAAAUCGCGACGAUGAUGACGGUGAUGAUGGCGUCAAUAUUGAAAUCCCUGCAGUCCAUGCACAUGUGGAUAGAGCGUGCUCUAGUGUUGAUUCGCUGGAUAACAUGCAACUUCUUGAUAUCCGACGGAAAAGGCUUGCCAAGAAAUAUUCACAUGGGUUGAAGUUGCAAGAGCCGCCCUUGAAACUGAUUGAUGAUAUUGACGAACGACUUUUCCCAACCAAGGCGGAAUCGCAGGAGGAUAAAGUGGCGAAGACGCAAAGACCAUUCGUGGUUGCGAGAUCGAAUUUUUCAUCUUAUUACAAUCAACACGAGAAGCUGUGUCAUGAUCUUGCGAGAGAGUUUUUGGUGAAAUCUCAUUUUUGGAUUAUCCCUGGUGGCAUCAAAGAAAUAAAGAGAGAUUACGUUGAGAAACAUUUGUUUAUCACAAGCGUCUUCACAAUCAUAGCUAUGGGUUUUGACGAAAAUAACAAGUACGAGAAACAGCAGGAGAUCUUGUACCCGCUAGUUGAGAGAUUUCUGACCAAUACGUUAACUAUGUUUGAGAAUCUGACAGAUCAUGACAUCGAAGCGAUUUUGUACUGUUGCAUGUUCAACAUAUCUCGAAAAUCCAAGAGGCACAGACAAAUGAAGUUUAAUGCACUGGUGCUCUGCAAUUUUGCCCUCAAUAGUGUCUUGAACAUUGUCGAUUACCAUAAGAUCAAAGAGAGGGUAGUCGAGUAUGAAGAAUACAAUCCUUUGGACUUGUACCAUCUUCGUAUACUCAAUUCGCUGACGACUUGUCGUAUGCAAUACUGCAUUGGCUAUGGAUGCUUUACAGUGUCUGAUGACCAACUGAGAGAGUUUAACAACUUAACGGCCAAAUUUCCACAGGCCAAUUUUGGCGAUGACAUAAAGAUAAGCGAAAUAAAUUUAAGUGAAAUCGUGAACGACAUAUAUUUGGACUUCAAAACAUACUUCAAAAAGUUCAGCGCUAAUUUCAGGAGCUCCAAAGCUUAUCAUAAAUUGGUGUCUGAUCUUAAAGUUGGUUCUUCGCCUGAAAGCGUUCAUGAAAGAAAUUUGGUAUCUAAGGCGACUUUCUUUUUCCCUGAACUGGAUUAUUGGCUCAAAAAUUGGGAUGAACUCUUAUUGAAGGAUGGCGGCAGUGUGCUGUUGUUUGCCUACAACUAUUACUAUAUCAUGAUUUGUCGUUCAUUCAUUACCGAAUUUUACGAUGAAUUUUACGAUGACACCAUUUAUUUCAGAUGCACCUUAAAGACUAUGCAAAGUCACUCUAUCGAAUUGCUCGACAGCUUUUUGAAACUCUCUCCUAGUCUUAUUAAAGGUGCACCUGUGAUCACACUGCAUCAAUUGAUUUAUGCCUGCCUGGCACUGUGUGAUUUUUUACAUUUUUUUUCGGCAUCAGAAAGGCAGCAUAUCCUCAACCUAUGCACCAAGAUAUAUUGGCAUCUUAAUACCAUAGGCGAAAAGAGUAGCGAGGCAACUGAAAAUGUGGGAAAAAUCAUAAAGUCACUGAUUGAUACUAGUAAACAACGAAUUCACUUUGGUGGUAGAGCGCUUCCUUCAAAAGAUAGGCUACACAACAACCACCUUCCUCGGAUACACCGUCAGCCUUCACUUGCGCAGUCUGUAUCGUCGCAAAACAGCAAUAAGUCUUCAUUUUAUGGUACACCGAAUGGCAGUCCACAUGGUGGAGGUUUUAGCAUGCCGGACGUGGAUCAAUUCAAUACUUUUGAAGAUUUCUUUCAAGACUUCUUUGAUAACUUGAAGCCGACAAUUCAAAACAUCUUUUCUACAACGAAUCAAGGUACUGGUUGA